AUGAUAUCACUAAAACGGAGAAAGACCGAACCAACGUCAUUAUGGUGGACUAAAAUUGUUGUUUCAAUAAUCCUUUUAAUUGGAUUAAUUGCAUACAUUGUUGUCUCAAUAAAUUUGAUUAUAAAUGAUGAGCCUUCAAUUCAAUAUUCUAACGAUAAAUUAGUCUCGCAAAAAUUCCCAGCAUUUAAUAUCACUCAGUUUAAUAAUAUAACAACAACAAUUAAUUGUGCUUUUACACUUGUUGAUACGAUUACUGAUUGUUCUGCCAAUCUUAAAUUGUUUGACAAUGGAAGGUAUAAAUUUACUCCUAGUGAAAAUAUGAAUGUUGAUGAUAAUCGGGGUUACGUGAUCCUUUCUUGGAAUUAUAUUCCUGGACAUGAUUUCAAUUAUAUUUCUUUUGGUGCAGAAUUAGAUGAUAUCAAAAAGAAAUAUCCAGAUCAAGCUAACCUUCAAAAAUACAUAGAUUAUCUCCAAGACCUUGAACUUGUCCAAGGAAACAAGAGUAAUUAUUUUUAUAUUAAAUGGGCUAGAAGAGAAUAUUUAAUUCGUGAUUGGACAAAUCAUUUAGGUUUUCCUAAUAAUCAUAUUCCACUUCGUAUUGCAGUACCAAUAGUAUUAACACCUAUGGAAGGAUUUAAUUGGACUCAAAUAAUUAUUAUGCCAUAUGGGAAUGCUGAAAGUGGAUUCUUUGAAACUAUUGAAACAGAAAAAAGAUCCGAAACUGUCUUAAGCAAUAUCGGUUCACUUGGGGGUGCAAUUAGCUUACUGUUAGGAAUUUAUGCUAUUUUAUUUGGAGGAUCACUCCUGAGCCCAUGGGGAAUAUUUCAAAACUAUUGUUGCAAUUCAAGAUCAAAAAAAAAGCUUUUAAAUGAAAAAAAGUUACCAAUAAUUCCUUUAACCGAAAAAAAUCAAUUACAUUAUAAAAAGUCUAAAAAUCCAGAUAUUUCAGAAAUUGAAAAUCAUCUUAUCUCUCUUACCAUAAGAUUCUAUUCUUUGGAAACAAUUCUAAGAGAGUAUGUUAUAAAUUCGGAUUUCCUUGAUGGUUUGACUGAAAAAAAUAAGAUUAGUACUGGUGAGAGCAAUAAACAUCUUAUGUAA